AUGACUUCUGGUCCGAAAUUUAGAGUUGCCAUUUGCGGGGGCGGUAUCGGGGGCUUGACUGCUGCAGUGAUACUCUCGAAAUCGCCAGACGUUGAAGUGCAAAUUUACGAGGCAGCGGAGAAGCUCACUGAACUUGGCGCGGGAAUAGGCCUUUUCUCCCGUGCUUGGGAGAUCAUUCGGAAGAUAGGGCUCGACCAAGAUCUAUUGAAGACCACUGAGAUUAAGCCCACGGAUGGACCAGUUACUGCUUUCAACUAUCGAAAGAGCGACAGGCCCGAGGGGGUGGAGUUCUAUACUCUGGUAACCAAAGGAAAUCUGAUGACCUUCCACCGACCCGACUUCCAAGCCGCGCUUCUCCGGAAUCUGCCCAAGUCGUGUAGGGUGCACUGUUCGAAGCGGCUUCGAGCGUAUGUUCAACACGCAGCGGGGCCUAUCGAGAUGCUGUUCGAAGAUGGGACGACUGCCACCUGCGAUGUUCUUAUUGGCGCGGAUGGCCUCAAAUCCGCGGUCCGUCGCUCCAUGAUGACUGAGAAGGCUCAGUUGGCGCAAUCACAGAAGCGGUGGGCAGAAGCUGCGCAGUACACCGCUUGCAUCGAGCCACUAUGGAGUGGAGUCAAUGCUUACCGGGCUCUCAUCCCCGCUGAACGCCUCAAUGCUCGUGCACCCGGUCACCGAGUUUUCACUCAGCCAACACAGUAUUUGGGAAAGAAUGGCUACGUCAUCGCCUAUCCAAUUGCAAAGGGCAAGAUGGUCAACUUUGUCGCUUUCAAAGCGCAACACGAUCUGGAGGAUACAAAGUUCAACGGGCCAUGGGUGUGUCCAUCAGAUAGGGCCGAGGUGGCUGGUAUGUACCAGACCUGGGAACCUGAAGUCCAGGCUUUGUUCGAUUGCAUCGAAAGACCCCUUCGAUGGGCGAUUCAUACCGUUCGCCCGCUCAAAAGUUUUGUUCAUGACCGAGUUGCCUUGAUAGGAGAUGCUGCUCAUGCGAGUGGUCCACAUCAAGGCGCCGGUGCCGCCCAAGCCAUCGAGGACGCCUGGGUCCUCUGCAACCUCCUCCUCAACCCCCUAACCACCCGCGAAACCCUCCCGCGCGCACUAAGCAUCUACGACCACGUGCGGCGUCCGUUUGCGCAGGACGUCGACCAGCGGAACCGGCGCAACGCGCAGUACUUUACGUUCCACAACAUCGAUAUCGAUCCGCAUCUGUCUGCUGAAGAGAUGUAUCCUAUACUGAGGAAGCAUGGGGAGAUGUUUACGAGGAAUUGGGAGUGGUCGUGGCUUACGUCGGCGGCGCCGUUGAUGCAGGAGGCGUUGAGGCUUUUGAGGGAGGGGUCAUAA